GUUGCGGCCACGGGUGGGAGGAGUGUAGAAUGCGCGGCGUCAGCGUCCUGCCGCUCUACAGUGCUCUCUCCCUCCUCUCCGCCGCUUUGCUUAAGCCGGUGUUAUUUUCUUCCCGUUAUCCAGACUAGGCCGUUUCUGCCUGCCUGCUUUGCAAGCGAAUCCCGGGUCUCAGCGCCUAGCUCUUUCCGAGCGCCCAGCCUCGCCUCGUUAUGUCCGGCCGAGGUAAAUCCGGAGGUAAAGCCAGAGCCAAAGCGAAAUCUCGCUCCUCUCGAGCCGGCCUCCAGUUCCCGGUCGGGCGAGUGCAUCGGCUGCUGCGGAAAGGCAACUACGCGGAACGUGUGGGCGCCGGAGCGCCUGUUUAUUUAGCUGCUGUGCUCGAGUAUCUCUCGGCUGAGAUCCUGGAACUGGCCGGCAACGCUGCGCGGGACAACAAAAAGACCAGGAUCAUCCCCCGGCACCUGCAGCUGGCCAUUCGCAACGACGAGGAGCUCAACAAGCUGUUGGGCGGGGUGACGAUCGCCCAGGGUGGGGUUCUGCCCAACAUCCAGGCCGUGCUGCUGCCCAAGAAGACCCAGAGCUCCAAGAAAUGAGGCCGGCCGCCUGGCUAAAGGAAAGCGCUCGGCCAUGUAUUUCCUUGCGCCCCACCCACAGGAUCUGGUGCAGCGGACACCGGACAUUUUCUCCUUUCUUCCGCGUUACUUGGUGCAGCCGGUACCGGGCAGAUUUCUUUACCGCAUCGUCUGUCCUGGUGCAGCCAGCGCUGAGCUGUCCCUACUCGCCCUUCUCUUGCUAGAUCUGAUCCUGGCCCUCUUCCCGCCCGCCCCCCUCCCCGCCCGUCUCCGUGCUGCUGGUGCUACACCCGCUGGGUUUCUCGUGCGCUUCCCCGCCUGACUCGGCCGAGCCCGCGCUAGCUCCUGCUCGUCUUCAGUUCUAGAGAUCGGUGUGGGAAGAGCCGUCCUCAUCCUUUUUCGUGUCACGGAGAGGGCACGUGCUUCGGGCCUGGCUGCCACCUAGCGCCCCGCAAAUAGAUUUUUUUUCUCUGCCCCCUUUCCCUGGGACGAUUGAGCCUAACACCCAUUGCCUCGGAGCUGUGUGAUCUAUAGCGUCAGCGAUUAGGAGGGGUUUUUUUCCCCAUUUAUUUUGCUCCCUUAAACCACUCUUUAAUUCCUCUGGAGGGAAAAAGGAUUAGGCUUUUUUUGACUCUAGAAUGGUCGCUGCAUUUUUAUUUAUUCUUGGAGAACUGAAAAAAAUGGGGAGUUGUGAAGAUGGGAAAGCCAUGAAGCAGUACUGGCCAACAUUGGGAAGGCAAGAAACUCCUUAGACAAUAGGCCGCAGUAUGUGACAAUGCUGAUUUCAUAUCCCUUUCUGUACCUAAAAGGUGAGAGUAUACAGAGGAAGGAAGAAUGGGCCUCUGCAUUGCUUUCUUGGUUGCACCAACACUCAACAGAAUCUCUUGAAACUGCUCUGUCCCGGUGAUGGUGAUGGAUCAAUUUCCCUGAUGUUGCUGCACAUCCCCGUUAAAUGUGAUCGUGGAUAUAAGGAUUUAAAAAUGAGGGAGGGAAGGAAGUGGCCAGGAAGUUCUAAAUGUGAAAAGAAGAACUUCUUUUGCUGAGAAAGGAAUGGCUUCAUAUGUUAACUUUUCUCUUGUGUUUGCAUUACGAUGAGCUAUUGUGUCAUUGUGCUGGCACUCCAUUCCUGUUCCUUUGUUGAGUUUUGAUUUUUAUUGUUGCAACAAAAUCUUACCUAGUGAAUAACCUUGACUGAGGGGCAAAGACUUUCUAAGAAUUCCUAGGGUAUGUACACAUCUUUGUCUUAUGGUUUUCCCCAUCAAGCAGUUCUUGUUACAUCUAAGAUGUUUCAGAGGCAAAAGUGGAAUAGGAGGGCCACCCGUAAGGAAGAUUUUCUCUUUCAAACAAGAGGGAGGAGGGAGGAAUGGGGAAGGGAGGCACCAUUUACUUUUGAUGUGGUGCAUUCAGAUCUGAAUGUGCUUAACAGUUUAUUUGGAAACCCAUUUUAAGCAAGAGUCCUUGGAUUUAGGUCUAUUUUUGUCCUUUUGAUGUCACCAGGACUAAAAUAGUUUAAAUCGAAGAAUUUUGGUGUGACUGCUUUUGUGGUUUUCAGCCUGAAUGAUAUGUGUUUAUUGUUUCCUUGAAACAGUAAGCAGUUUUGUUGUGUUUCCUCCCUCCAUUAUCAAUUCUCUUGUAAUGUCACCUGUAAUGAUUGAAGUCUAGCAUUUGUACCCUAGUUUGCACUUUAAUCUAUACACAGUGUUUUUUGUUUGGAAUUUUGCUUCUAGUGCUUAAAAUAGAGUACAAGUAUGGCGUCCAUCUAAUUGUAAUCCUCAGUAGAUUAAUGUUUGGAGGUUGGGUUUUUUAGGAAAAAAUAAUAAUUUAUACAAGAGUAAAAUAUCUAGUUAGUGUCGGUGGUUUACUAAAUAGGUGUUUGGAUAAUGUAUGAGCAUGGAAGUUGGCCUACCCUGUCCUGUGAUGCCUAGUAGCUGUGGUACCAGAGCCAAAUCUUGCUUGCUUAGGUGAGAAGUUUAUAGAGCCAUGUGCAUGUAGCAGUCUCUAGGCUAUUGAGCAAGUAGAACCUGUAAUCAUAUAUAUGGUCAGCUGUGUAUGUGCAGUUAAGUAGCAUGUGUUCAAGUCAUCAUGUGGGAUGUAAAUCUGUGGAUGAACUAUUGUCUUGCUCUGGAUUCAGCUAAGGAUAUCUAGACCAGUGGAGGUUGAGAUGCUUUAAUAACGGGAUAAGGAAAAUGGUUUGUUCAGUCAGUUGCUGGUGACUGUACAGUUCAUUAGUGAUGCUCAAGAAAUAGAACCUUUACCCAUCCACGUCUGUCUGUCUUGCCUGUCUCCCAUUACAGACCCAGGGAAAAAAGACCUCUUGGAUUUAAAUAGCUAUCUCAUUCUUAGGGCACUGGACCAGGCAGGCUCCUGCUUUCUGUGAGAAGGAACACUGAUUGCAUCACUGAAGGGAAGGGAUCCUUUAAAUGCAGAUAAUGGCUGAAAAGUGGAAAACAAGAGUUCCUUUAUUUGUGUUUUUCUGUCUUUUAAGAAUUAUUUUCAAAAUCAGUAUUUUGUGUUUUGUCAACUAUUGCUUUGUAUUAGAAAAUGCAAAAGUUGUGAUACUGGAAAGUGCGAAACAAAUAUUAAAUUGAUUCAGUCUUGAGUACACAUCAGAA